AUGUUCAAAGCUUGUAGUUUCUAUCCUGAGGUUGAAAUCUGUGAAUUGAUAGACAAGUCAUUGUUAAAAAUCGAUGAAAAUAAGUAUCUGAACAUGCAUGAUUUGAUUAAGGAUAUGGGACGAGAAAUUGUUCAUAGAGAAUCACCAGAUAACCCAGGCGGACGUAGUAGAUUAUGGUACUCUAAUGACAUUUGUGAUCUGCUCACAAGAUACAUGGGUACAAGAGCAGUCGAAGCAAUAAUCUUUGAAUCUCCAGAUCUGAAGGAUGUUCCUUUGAAUACAAAAACAUUUGAAAAGAUGGGCAAGUUAAGACUCUUACAAAUCAAUCAUUGUUACAAGUGUUUGAAGCUAAUGAUAUUCAGCAACUGUGUGAACCUCAAGAUAUCUCCAAAGUUUGCUGGUUUACAUCGUCUUGAGGUAUUAUCAUUUGGUCACUGCUCAAAUUUAAUGGGGUUGGACACAACAAUUGGAGAUCUGAAGAGACUUCGUAUUUUAGAUGUGUCUGAUUGCGAGAAACUACGGAAACUCCCAAGAAGAAUCUACGAGUUAAAAUCACUUGAAAAUUUAAAUCUCGAGCGCUGCUCAAAACUGGAAGAAUUGCCUGAUGAUUUGGGAAAGUUGGCAGGUCUAAAACGAUUGAAUCCAGUUGCAACAGCUAUCAAAAGAGUACCCAGUUCUGUUGGACAUUUAAAGAACUUGGAGAUGCUACAGCUAUCACAUGACUUCCUAAUUAAAAGACAAUUUAAAUUUUCUGACAUAUUUCGAACUUGGUUGCAACCAGAAAGAAUCCUUAGUCAAGGGGGGUAUUUACCUUCAUCAGUUUCAAGUUUAAGUGCUUUAAAAGAUUUACAAAUUGAGAACUGCGAUAUGUCUGAAGUUGAUAUUCCCUUUUCUCUUGCGAGUUUAUCAUCUCUACAGAAUCUAUGUUUUAGGAAAAAUAAGUUCCAUGCCAUACCCUUCAACGUUUGUGACCUUUCUGGUCUCAAACAUCUCGAUGUAAGUGACUGUCCAAAUCUUCAAAGCAUCUCUAAACUUCCUCUCACUCUUCAGAAACUCACUGCUUCUGCGUGCAAGUCAUUAGAAAGAUUUCCCACUUUUUCCGACUUGAAAAGGUUGGAGGAAUUGGAAUUAGAUCGUUGUGAAAUGUUGAUGGAGAUUCAAGGCUUGGAGAAUCUUGAUUCUGUUAGACAAGUAUACUUAUGGAGCUGCAAGACUUUUGGAAGAACACUAGAUGUAGCUAACUUGACUCCAUUGAAGGACUUGGACCUUAGUCACUGCGAAAGAUUGAUUGAGAUUCGAGGCUUGGAGAACAUUCACUCCAUACGCUACAUCAACUUAUUCAAUUGCAAAGCCCUUGAAAAUCCUUUCACUGAAGACUUCUUCAAAGUUGAGAGUACAUUCUUAGGCAUGUUUCUUUGGAUUGUUAAUGGAACCGUGGAUGAAACCAAAAAUAUUUAUCCUGAAGCCACCAUAGUAGAUCUAACUAAUGGCAUGGAGUUUAACCAUCGUCUGUGGACAACCAUAUCCUUUGCAGAAAAUUCGUCCAUCCAUUACAUACCACCAGAUUACUUCAAAUGCGCUGUUAAAGGAAGAGAAAGGAUGAGCAUUCAUAUCGAAAGCUAUGACUUUCCAACUGAAGAUUUUGUGAAGAAAUCUGGAGUUUAUCUAUUGUAUAAAGACAAGAAUGGCUAG